GCUGCUUAAGCUUCAAGCUUCUAGGGCGUGGCGACAGAGUACCGGCACGACCCUCGCGCGUAGCCGUCGCUCUUUUUUUUUUCUUUUUUUUUUCUUUUUGUCGCAGCGGAGGAGUUGCAUGCGUGAAGUAUUUAUAUGUUUAAUUUUUUGUAAAGAGGUUCGUGUGAGGAUUUGAGCUUAGGGAUUAGGUUUUUGGUGUUUGAAUUUCUGCGGAAGGGAUGGCGACGGAGGAGGACAGCGCUGUGAAGGAGCCUUUGGAUUUGAUCCGACUCAGUUUGGACGAGCGCAUCUACGUCAAGCUGCGGUCUGACCGGGAGCUCCGCGGGAAGCUGCACGCCUACGAUCAGCACUUGAACAUGAUUCUUGGUGAGGUGGAGGAAGUUACCACUUCGGUAGAGAUCGAUGACGAGACUUAUGAGGAGAUUGUGAGGACAUCAAGGAGGACUGUGCCCUAUCUGUUUGUGCGCGGUGAUGGUGUCAUACUGGUUUCUCCUCCUCUACGAACAUCAUAAGCAUAUUCUGUUGGAGGGUCGGUGUGCCCUAUCCAAUUGUCCCACAGGGGUUUGUUUUGAGCUGAUAUUGUAGAACUAUUUUAAUACCAAACGACAGACCACAGAAAGAGGUGUUCUUUAGGGGUGUAGUAGUGACCUUGAUUUUGUACGUUAUCAACUACCUGGUGCAUACUGAGGCAUCCACAAAAACACUCACGAGUUAUGCCGAAGCAGGCAGUCGAGAUCCUGAACAGUAGCCGGAUUGUGUGCCUAGUUUGUCAUUGAGUAAGCGUCGAGGUUAUGCUGGGGUCAUCAGAAACUCAUAUCUUGUAUUGCAUUUAGUUCUUUGCCACAGGCGUUAAUUUGGACUUGGCCUGCCAAACAUAUGUGGAAUGUGACCUGUCAGUUUCGGAGA